AUGAAAGUCUGUAAUGUGGAAAGACUUGUUGUCCCAAUAAAUGAAGGUAACCAAAUUAAAUAUUACGUACAUAACGAAGGACAUUUUAAUAUUCUCCAUGAAACUCAUUUAUCAAUCGGGCAUGGAGGUCGUAGUAGAAUGGAACAAGAGUUAAAUAAUAAAUAUAAAAAUAUAACAAGGGAGGCAAUAAUGUUAUACCUAAACUUGUGCGAGUCAUGCCAAAAAAAGGGAAGUACAAUUAAAAAGGGCUUAGUAUUCAAACCUAUAAUAUCAAAAGAAAUGAACUCACGAUGUCAAAUAGACUUAAUUGACAUGCAGGCACAGCCUGAUGGUAAUUAUAAGUUUAUUUUAGUCUACCAAGACCAUUUAACUAAAUUUGUAAACUUACGUCCUUUAACUCAUAAACGCGCAGAGGAAGUUGCGUAUGUUUUACUGGAUAUAUUUACAACUUUUGGUGCUCCAUCUAUAUUGCAAAGCGAUAACGGUAGGGAAUUUGCAAACAAGGUAGUAGAAGAAUUAUGUAGCAUGUGGAAAGACUUGAAAAUAGUACAUGGUAAGCCUCACCAUUCGCAAAGUCAAGGUUCUGUAGAAUGUGCCAACCAAGAUGUCGAGAAUAUGUUAGGAACAUGGUUGCAAGACAAUAAAACCAAAAAAAGGAGCGAAGGCAUACAAUUUAUACAAUUCAUGAAAAAUCGAGCUUAUCAUCACGGUAUUAAAUCUUCACCGUACGAAGCUAUGUUUGGCUCUAAGGCUAAAAUUGGUUUAAAUAAUUGUAUACUCCCAAUGCAUGUAGUAGCAAAAUUAAAAACUGAAGAAGAUUUAGAAAAA